CUUUAAUGAUAAAAGAGAAGCUAUAGAACAAAACAUGCCUACUCUUAGAGUUAGAGGAAUUAAACACUCUAUUAACGAGUAUAGACCUAAAAGUGAGAAUGAUACUGCGCGGUUUCUUGGUGGCAUGUCUCUUGCUCUUACAUUACUACUGAACUCAUCAGUUCAAACAACAACUACUAAUAUUUACGUUGUAUAUUUAGGCGCUAACCAGCUACAAAGCGCUGCUUUAGCUUCAAGCCACCAUCGUCAUCUUCUAUCCAAAGUCUUUACAAGCAAAGAAGAUGCAGAACGAUCUAUGUUGUACAGUUACAGCUAUGGCUUCUCAGGCUUCUCUGCAAAGCUCAACUCAACACAAGCUGCUUCUUUAGCAAAAAUGGACCAGGUCAUAACGGUUUUCAAGAGCAAAAGCUUGAAAUUGCACACGACAAGGAGCUGGGAUUUCUUAGGUCUCACCGUCGACAAUGCCGGUCAUUCUCCUCCGCCGCAGCUCGCCUAUGGCUCCGACGUCAUCGUUGGAAUAUUUGAUACUGGGAUUUGGCCGGAGUCGGAGAGUUUCAGGGAACCGCUAGAGGCAAAGCCCAUACCUCCAUCGUGGAACGGAAAAUGCGUCGGAGGGGAAGAAUUCAACCCGUCCGUGCAUUGCAAUCGCAAACUCAUCGGCGCUCGAUUUUACCUCAAAGGAUUCGAGGAGACGUACGGGCGGAUCGACCGUACGCGAGAUCCGGAAUACCGAUCGCCGCGCGAUUACCUCGGUCACGGCACACACACAGCGUCCACCGCCGUCGGUUCCGUUGUCCUCAACGUCUCUGGCUUAUCUGGUCUUGGACGCGGCACCGCUCGCGGCGGAGCUCCAUCGGCGAGGCUAGCAGUGUUCAAGACGUGCUGGGGGAAGGAUCUGGAAGGGUUUUGCACUGAGGCCGAUAUCUUGGCGGCUUUCGACGACGCACUCCGCGACGGCGUUCACGUGAUCUCGGCGUCUUUCGGUUCAUCUCCGCCUUUAUCUCCGUUUUUCGAGUCGAGCGCAGACAUCGGGGCUUUUCACGCGGCGGAGAGAGGAAUUAGCGUGGUUUUCUCCGGCGGAAACGAUGGGCCUGAUCCUGGCGUUGUUCAGAACGUCUCCCCUUGGGCAGUCUCCGUCGCAGCUUCCACAGUGGACCGGAGUUUCCCCACCAGAAUUGUUAUCGACGGCAGUUUCACUCUCACGGGCCAGAGCUUGAUUUCUAAAGAGAUCAGGGGUUCAUUAGCUCUUGCAACAACGUAUUUCGAUGGAGGGGUUUGCAAAUGGGAGAACUGGUUAAAGAAAUUGGCCAGUGAGACGAUAAUUCUAUGCUUCUCUACUUUGGGUCCGGUUCAAUUCAUCGAAGAAGCACAAGCCGCUGCCAUAAGAGCGAACGCAUCAGCAUUAAUAUAUGCAGCCGCACCCACCAAACAGCUCGUCGAACAAGUAGACAUGAUUCCAACAGUUCGAGUCGAUCUCCUUCGCGGGACUAUGAUCAGGAACUAUCUUGCUCGCUCUCCUACAGUGCCAAUGGUGAAAAUUGGACCGCGCAAAACGGUGAUCGGAGAGAUUACAGCACCUUCCAUUGCUUAUUUCUCUUCGAGAGGACCUAGCUCACUAUCACCUGAUAUUCUCAAGCCAGAUAUUACAGCUCCCGGCAUUGGGAUUUUAGCAGCCUGGCCUUCUAAAACUCCACCUACAGUGUUUCCAGGAGACCAUCGAUCCGUUGAGUGGAACUUACAGUCGGGAACGUCGAUGUCAUGUCCUCAUGUGGCUGGAGUCAUGGCGCUUCUCCUGUCGGCUCACCCUGAUUGGUCACCAGCUGCAAUCAGAAGCGCUAUCAUGACCACAGCGGAUACAAGAGACACGAGCAAUGAUGUGAUCCUCUCUGGUGGUUCGAUGAAGUCCACUGACCCGUUUGACAUCGGUGCUGGGCAUAUAAACCCUUUGAAAGCGAUGGACCCUGGUCUGGUUUACAAUACCAGAACCGAAGACUACGUGCUCUUCUUGUGUAACAUUGGCUAUACGGAUCAAGAGAUCAAGUCCAUGCUUCUCCACUCAGAGCCGUCUUCCACAACAUGCCUUCCGUCUCACGCGUAUCGAACCAAUGCUGAUUUCAACUAUCCAUCUAUCACCAUACCGAGCCUAAGAUUCACUAGGACAAUAAAACGUACCGUAAGAAACGUUGGGCCAAACAAAAACACGGUUUAUUUCGUGGACAUGGUUAAACCAGUGGGAGUGGAAGUUAUGAUCUGGCCGCGGAUUCUGGUGUUCUCGAAGUGCCAACAAGAACACUCGUAUUACGUUACAUUCAAGCCCACCAAGAUAUCCUCUGGUCGGUAUGAGUUUGGAGAAAUCAUUUGGACAGACGGGAUCCAUCGAGUUAGAAGUCCGUUUGUUCUGUUCUUGAGCAACGGGGAUAAACUGUUCGUGGAACGAUAUGAUGGAGAUAUAACAUUCAAUUCCACUGUCGUGGUGCCUUCCUUGCAGAGAUUAACUUUGUGGGACAUGAACUCUGCGACAUGUGGUGGGUUUGUAAUAGAUGCCCCUUCUUUGAAGUACCUUCACAUUACAGAUACUGUGCUUUACAACUUUCGUCAAAUGGAGAAUAUGCCUGAGUUGGUCGAGGCACGUGUUUGCAUUACCCGUGGAGGUGCCCUGGAGUUUCUAAAAGCUCUUACUUCUGUGCAACGCCUUUCGCUAUCUUUAUCACUCUCAGAGGUGAUGCAUCCUUCUGGUAUGAAUAUGAUCUUCAAUGAACUUGUUCAUCUGGACUUGUAUACAUUUACUGAAGGCUGGUGGGAUCUUUUUACUUUUAUGCUCCCUGCUUCCCCCAAACUGCGAUUCCUCAGACUCACCCAUAAAAUUGAAAAUGGUCGACAUUCUUGCAAAGAAAUCCCAUUUGGUUGGAAGCCACCGAGUUCUGUUCCGGGGUGUUUAUUGUUUAGUCUCGAGGCUUUUGAGUGGAUUGGGUACAGUGGGAGACAAGGAGAUAGAGAGAUGGCAGUAUAUGUCCUAAAGAAUGCAGCUUGUUUGAAGACUGCGGCUUUCUCUCCGGAAUCUAAUGACGUGGGAGACAAGUAUCAGAUGCUCAAGGAGUUGGCAUCUGUAGCUACAGCUUCGACUUGGUCUCAGCUUCUUACAAGACUUGUGGCUAUUUGGACAAAAGGGAGGGAAAUGUCACAUAAGAAGACAUGGACAUCAUCAGCCAAUUUCCGGAGGACUUGCUCGUGCGAAUACUGUCAUUUAUUCCGACAAAACAUGCCAUUGUCACGAGUCUUUUGUCCAGAAGAUGGCGAUCUCUUUGGACCUUGGUGCCAAAACUUGAAUAUGAUGAUUAUAAUACAAAUCAACAACAAAGAUUCCCACUGUUUGGCACCAGUUCUCGAGAGGCUGAAACUAAGGAUAUAUAACCUUGGUCAAGAAUGUCAGGUCCCGGAUUUUGGAAUAUGGAUUGGUAUUGCAGUUAGUCGCCGAGUGCGUGAGCUGGAAGUUAUUGUUCCUUUUCCUCAGAGGGUAUCUAUCAGUUUGCCUAGUAACCUCUAUACAUGUGAAACACUUGAGAGCUUGUCACUCAACACAACCAAUUGCGUUCUUGUGGAUGUUCCUUUUGCGAUUCGUCUCCCUUCCCUAAGAAAACUGCAUCUUUGGGCUACUGGCUAUCCAGAUCAUGCAUCUCUUCAUAGGCUUUUAUCCGGUUGCCCUAAUCUUGAAGACUUGGAAUUAAUCCGAUUUGGUGAACGCAACAAUUUGAUACGAGACGCAGACAACACUAAGGAUUUCACUAUUGCAGUGCCUUCCUUAAAAAGAUUAUCUGUGUUUGACAGGGGUUAUGGAUCUGUUAGUACUGGACAUGUGAUCGAUGCUCCUUCUUUGAGGUACCUUAAAGUUCAUGAUAGUUUGCUUUACAAGUUUCGUCGAAUGGAGAAUAUGCCUGAGUUGGUCACAGCACGUGUUGAGGUUACUAAUGGAGUUACCAAGAAGUUUCUAAAAGCUCUUACUUGUGCCAGCUGCCUUUAUCUAUGUUUAACACUUUCAGAGGUUAUGAGUCCUUCUGAAAUGAUCUUCCAUCAGCUUGUUCAACUUACCCUAAGUACAUGUCCUCCUGGUUGGUGGGAUCUUCUUACUCAUAUGCUCCAAUAUUCCCCCAACCUACAAAUUCUCACACUCAUCAGUACAUUUGGCCUUCAGGCUCAUCCUACUUUUGAGACCCCGAAUUGGUGGAAGCAGCCGAGUUGUGUUCCUGUGUGUUUGUUGAACGUUCUUCGAAAUUUCAAGUGGAUUGGGUAUGGAGGGAGACAAGGAGACAGAGAAGUGGCAACAUAUGUUCUAAUGAAUGCCACUCGUUUGAAGACUGCGACCUUUACUCCAGAAUCAACUGAUGACAAGGACAAGUAUCGGAUGCUCAAGGAGUUAGCAUCUGUACCUACGCCUUCGCCU